AUGCGCUUCUCCAUACCAAAACAAGUAAACAAUCUCACUGUAAGGACGUUUCAGUACUUGAGUAGCCAUAAAAAGGAAACAUAUUACUUAUCAAAGAUGAGUUUGGGGACCAAACUUUUAAUCCUAAUUAGCAUGGUUGUAUGUCUCACCUCAGUUGCUCAUGCCCUCAAUGCCAUGGCCAUCGUAUAUAGCCCACCUUAUGUUCCAUCAUUAUGCUUUGGCACGCAAGAUCAAGGCACCAUGAUUGCAAAAGCACAUAGUGGCUUGUUUGCCAAUGGAAUAGCCAGCUGUGGAAGGAGGUUCCGAGUGCGUUGCCUUAGUGGAACCAACAAAGCCAUUCGGGAUGCAUGCACAGGAAAUAGUGUUGAUGUUACGGUUGUAGGUACUUGCAGCGGAUGUGCAAUGAAUGAACUUCAACUGUCUGAAGAAUCUUUUGGAAAGAUUGCUCGUCUUGCUCUCGGGAGAGUUAACAUUGAAUAUGAGCAGAUAUGAUUGUAGAGACAUGAAAAUAUAUAACGACUACAAGAAUCUUUUAACGAGUUUUUGUACUAAAGCAUAUGAAUAAGUGAGAGUUGAAACAUAGUAUGGUCUUUAUAAUUAUCCGUUUUGUUAAAUAAAAUCGUGGAUGACGUUAUUUUAUCAUAUC